CCUCCCUGACUUACACUGCAUGAGCUAGAUAUUUAUACAUAUGAAAGACCAUAACAUCACGUCUGCUCAAACCCGUCAGGAAUUAUAUCAAAGAUGACAUCGAAAUCUUGGACGUCACAAUUCACUUAGCGUUGAUUUUUACUCUGUUACUUUGGAAAAAAACAAGAAGUUGGUGUUCUUCUCAGACGAAAUGGUGAUCUAGCUUCAAGAAUUUUAUUUUAUACUGUGAGCUGGAUUGUAUAUGUCUUGAUCUGGGAUUGACUUAUGGGACAUAUCCACGCUUUAGGAUUCUACGUGUCUGGAGACGGAUAUGCGCGUGAUGAUCUUAUGAGACUUGUCAUGUUCAACAUUUUUUAACAGAUCAUUGUGUUUAUUUAGCCUCUUGAAAGAUUAUCAAAAGAGAAGAAUGAAGGAAUAGCCCUAAGAGAUUCAGUUAUUUUGGAAUCUUUACAUCUGGAUAAAACGGUAUAUGUAAGUGAUCGUGUGAGGUGAUUCGUACCAAUAUGGAUAACGCUGUUGCACCCGGAGGUCCUAAGCAGGACAAAGUGUACGCCUUUAACUUGAAUCCAGUGGGGGCGACCCAAGGAAAGCUUAUGGAGGUAACCAUGGAUUCAGGGAAUGAAAUAGCUGGACGUGGAGAUGGUACUGGUCGUGAGACAUGGUCCAAGAAGAUUGACUUCUUACUCUCUGUCAUUGGAUUUUGUGUUGAUCUCGCAAACGUGUGGAGAUUCCCCUACAUGUGCUAUAAAAAUGGCGGCGGUGCUUUCCUGAUACCUUACCUCUUCAUGUUGAUCUUCAUGGGGAUUCCACUCUUCUACAUGGAGUUAGCCCUUGGCCAGUACAAUCAAACUGGUCCUAUCACCGUAUGGGACAAGGUUAGCCCGCUUUUCAAAGGUGUGGGAUUUGCGAUGAUCUGUAUCGCUUUCUUUGUCGACUUCUACUACAACGUGAUCAUCUCGUAUUCCAUCUACUACCUGAUCGCAUCCUUCCAGAAGGUCUUGCCAUGGAGUGUAUGUACUAACUCAUGGAACACUAAUAGUUGCUUUGAGCCACGGCACGGACCGGCUUACAAUGUCUCUAUCAUGGUCGUCAAUGAAUACGGAAACAACGUCACUGACAUCGUCAACCAAAAUGUUUCUGCUGCAACAGAAUAUUACGAACGAGCUGUGUUACAAGUUCAUAUGAGCGCUGGAAUUGACGAUCUGGGAAAGGUGGUAUGGCAACUAGCUCUUUGUCUUUUUGCAGUCUACAUCAUCUGCUACUUCAGUCUUUGGAAGGGCAUCAAGGGAUCAGGAAAGGUUGUGUGGAUCACAGCUACUCUCCCAUACGUGGUAUUGUUCUGUCUGCUCAUCCGUGGUGUUACUCUACCUGGUGCUGGUGAUGGGAUCAAGUAUUAUCUCAUCCCGAAAUGGGACCGUCUUCUAACGGCUUCAGUAUGGGUUGAUGCUGCGACACAGAUCUGUUUCUCUCUUGGUCCUGGCUUUGGUGUUCUUCUAGCUCUUUCAAGUUACAACAGAUUCAACAAUAACAUCUACAAAGAUGCAUUGCUGACGAGUACUAUCAAUUGCUGUACAAGUUUCCUGGCUGGGUUUGUGGUGUUUGCUGUUUUGGGAUACAUGGCAAAGCGUAACAACCAGUCCAUCGAUGAAGUAGCCACAGAAGGACCUGGGCUUGUAUUUGUGACGUAUCCUGAAGCAUUGGCUACUAUGCCUGGUGCGAACGUGUGGUCUGUUCUCUUCUUCCUCAUGCUUCUUACACUUGGUCUCGACAGCUCGUUUGGAGGAUCAGAAGCAAUCUUAACAGGUCUUGGUGAUCAGUUUCCUAAGGUGGUAAAGAAACAUCGUGAGAUCUUCAUCGCUUUCCUCUUCGCAAUCUACUUUAUUGGUUUAGCAUUUACAUCCCAGGGUGGCACGUAUCUGGUGAAUCUAUUCGACAACUGUGCAGCUUACUACGCCAUAUUGUUCGUGGUUUUGUUUGAGACACUGGCGGUGGCAUGGUUGUAUGGUUUCACAACACCAACAGAGAAGAUUUCUCGAGACAUAGAAGAGAUGUGCGGAUACAAGCCAGGAUUUUAUUGGCGGUUCUGUUGGAUGUUCCUUAGCCCUGUUAUGAUCAUAUUCAUCAUAGGCUUUGGUCUGGCAAACUACAAACCCUUUACUCUGGAUGACUAUGAUUACCCCGAAUGGGCAGUAGCAGUUGGUUGGUUGAUAUCGUGUACAUCCAUCUCAAUGAUACCUAUCGUAGCUGCCUACCAAAUAAUCACAACACCUGGAUCAAUUAGUGAGCGUAUCAUGAAGAACCUGUAUGUGAAACAGCCACGCCCUUUUGGCUAUGAAAGCAACAUGUACACAGCAGAACAGGAAAGCAGAAUGAAUGGCAUGGUACUAGAGGCAACAUGUAAGCCAGUAACUCUGGUCUGAGGGACUUAUAAGGUUAAAGGUCCGUUUUGUAUAUAAUACUUUAAGGAGUAUAAGUGGGAGUAACUUGUGGUUCGGUGAUGUUGUUCAAUAACCAACAGAGUAUUCCUAUGGCUUUCUCUCUAAAUUAAAAGUGACACACAUGUUUGAAGGAUGUACAUUAACAAAGGUAAGUCAGGUACAUGAAUAGGUAGUUCUCUUGCUUUCUUUUUCAACUGGAAGUGAGGAUCCCCAAUGUGCUAUAGCAAAGUAAUGUAUUUCAGGAAUGUGAUACAC